AGUCGUGUUGAGAAAAUCUGGCGGAGAACCGUCAAAUCUGAAUGUCAACUGUCAAAGUAAACGUGGUUCACAAAUCAAAAUUCUAACCUAUACCUAUAUUUUUGUUGAAUAUUUUGUAUUAUGACAAAAUAUUUCUAAAUAAGUAGAAUAUUAUUUAUAUAAGUAUUAAUAAAAUUAUGCCUCAUCCAGCCGAUAAUCUAAAUGAAAUUGUGGAACAAUUUCAGCAGUUAACUCAUAAGCCAGAAAGGUUUUUAAACUCCGAAGGUGAUGUGCCAGAUUGUGUAAAAGUUAAUAUAAAAAAUUUUUAUGACUUUUCGAAAUCACAGGAAAAGAAAUUAAAUAACUCAAAAGGUCUACCACAGUUACUGAUUAAAGGUUUUGACAUUGAACAAAUCUGGCAGGAGAUUGAAUUACAAAAUAGUAGUGUUUUACAAAAAUCUCUUAGCGACCUUCCCAAGUAUAUUCUCAAUAGGGAUAGCCUGGUAUUUUCAAGUUUGGUCCAAGAAGAACCAAGCUAUGAUUAUGAUGAUGAUGGAGAUGAGAUAGAAGAUGAUAAAGAUAGUACUUUUAUAGCAGAUAAAGAUGACUCGGGAGUAUCAGAUGAUCUUUCAGAAAAAGAAGAUGGGAAUAAUGAUGAGGAAGUGGAUAAUAUUAAUGGAAAUAUAUAUACCUCUAAAAAGAAGUCAGUUGUAGAUGAUGAAUUUUUUAAACUAGAUGAAAUGGAAAAUUUUUUAAAUGUCGAAGAGAAAAAAGAUCUCCCUGAAAAUUCAAAUAAAAAACCAAAACAAAUGGAAGGAGAGGAAGAAUCAGAUUCGGAUGAUGAAGAUAGUAUUAAUUUGUUUGAAGAAGAAGAUUCAGAUGAAGAAAACGAUAAAUCUAGAACAGCAAAAUUUAAGGAUUUCUUUAGACCAAGUAAUCCUGAUGUCCAAGUUAAGCCAAAAAGGAAUAAAUUUCUUGAAGAAAUGGACAUUGAAGAAGAAAAUCAAGAAGUGAAGUCCUCAUUAGAACUUAGGCAAGAAAGACUUCAAGAAAAAAUUGCACAAAUUGAAGAAAAUGCAGUUAGUGAGAAACCUUGGACACUAAAAGGGGAGAUUCUUGCAGAAAAUAGGCCACAAAAUUCAUUGUUGGAGGAAAUUGUAGAAUUUGACUUAACUGCUAGACCAGCACCUGUCAUAACUGAAAACACCACAAUGCAGCUAGAAGACAUAAUCAGACAAAGAAUCAAAGACAAGGCUUUUGAUAGCGUAGUGAGGAAAGAAAAACCUAUAGAAACACCUCUAGAAUUUAAGAAGAAACUUUUGUUAGACCAGGAAAAGAGUAAACAUUCAUUAGCACAGAUAUAUGAAAAGGAGUUUCUUGAUCAACAAGCAGCAUUGGAUCCUGCUAAUGCCGAUAAAGAAGAAGAAGAGCCUCGUUUACACAGGGACAUUAAAGUUCUGAUGAGGGAUCUCUUUAAUAAAUUAGAUGCACUUUCCAAUUUCCAUUUCACACCAAAACCAGCUCUUCCUGAGAUGAGAGUAGUAAAUAAUAUGCCUGCAAUUACUAUGGAAGAAGUUGCUCCUGUAACUGCUAAUGAAGCUUCCUUGUUGGCACCAGAAGAAAUUAGAAACAAAACAAAAGGAGAUAUUUUAGGCGCAUCUGAAAAAUCUAAAACUGACAAAAAACGAGAGAGAAGGAAAAAGAAAUUGAAACAGAAGCAUCAUAUAAAAACUAUUAAUAAAAAUUUGAUAUCUAAAGGCAAGAGUAAAGGCAAGAAGACUGAUAUAAAUGUCCUUAAACAUAGGAAUACACAUAAGAUGGAUGAAAGCAGUACAAAAAGCAUAAAAUCUUCCAAAGCAUUCUUUAAUCAACUACAGGAGCAAGCACAAGCCCAUAUUAAUAAAAAAGUUCAGGGUUCAGAGAAAAAGAAAAACACAAACAAAUUGAAUGCGAGAAAAAUUAAAUUAUAGUUUUUGUUUUAUUUUUUAAAACUUUGUAUAUAAGAUAAAGGCUUUUGUUUACUA